AUGAGUCACUCAGAAGUAUCAGUUGAGUCGUAUUCAACGACACCCAAUGUAUCUUCUAGGUCGUCGUCGUCGUCUUCUUCUUCAAGUUCGCACCAUGACAACUGGGUACAUAUGGAUGGAGAAGCGGCAUUGAAAAGAUUACAAGGGCCGUUGGAGGAGUCAUUUAUACAGCAGCUAAGGCAAGACAGCAUGGAAGCAAUACAUCGGUCCAUAGAAAAGGAACAAGAAGAGGCGAUAUAUGAUGCAUUGGGAAUUGACGGUGACCUGAUUAAGGAUGUUGAUUCAACAAUAAAGAGUGAACAAGAAGAAAAUGAAAAUGAAAAGGAAGACCAAGAUCAAGAUGAAGGUGGAAAAGAUAGGGCUGAUACGUGGUGUCGAUACUUGGGGGUGACUUCAACAGAUACAGCUCCUUCUACGUCGUUAUUGUCAAGUCCUGCAUGCCCCACUGUUUCCACAUUUUCACCGGAAUCCUUGUUGGAGAAUUUGAACAGCAUUGAUCUACCACCGCAUAAGGAUGAAGAUCAAGUCAAAUUGGAUAUACAGCGAUCGUUUACAAUAUUGAAUCAUAUACAAUCGGUUGUUCAUAAUACUUCCAUACCGGCCAUGGCAUCGUCUUCUUCGUCUUCAGUGACAUCAUCGACUGAAAUAAGUGAACAAUUGGAAAAAGGUUCAUCAUUUGCAACCAUACUAAGUACGUCAGACAUUAAUUCAUUGAAAAAGAUUUUGUCAAAUUUGAUUAUAAAAGUGCUAAGGAAAUAUCCUAGUUUAAAUUAUUAUCAGGGUUAUCAUGAUAUUGCCAGUAUUAUCUUGCUCGUUUGUUACAAAGCCAAUCAUAAUGAACUAAUAGAAGAAGAUAUCAAUCAAGACUUGGCGUUUAAACUACUAGAAAAGUUGACAGUGCUCCACUUGAGAGACUUCAUGGUUACUGAUAUCAACUUGUCGGUUGAUCAUUUGCGGUUGAUACCAGCAAUAAUCGAAUCAGUUGAUAAGCAAUUGUUUCAAUUGAUUAAACAAACAUCAAGCUCUUAUCAAACACUAAAUGGACAUUUUGACUACAAAUUUUUCCAACCAUUAUCAUCUAUCUUGACAUUUUAUUCACAUGACUUGGCCAGUUUAUCACAUAUCUUGCACAUUUGGGAUAUGGUGUUGAAUAAUAAUACCGUGCUUAUAAAUAUUUACAUUUAUGCAUCGUCAAUAAUAACUUUGAAACCUAAAAUUUGGGAUGCAUUGAAAUUGGAUCCAGAGCAAGAGGAUUUUACCUUGAUUGAUUAUGAUUUAGUUCACACUCAUCUUUCGCCGACGAGACUAUUUGACGAGUUGACUGAUUCCAAUUUAACAAGAAUAUUAAACAAGGCAAAAGAAAUUUACGAGGCGUACCCCAUGGAAAAACUAGCCAACCAUGAUCAAACUUGGCACAAAUGGUUUAAUGAGUAUAACCAGCAUUCGGUUCUAAUGACUACGUCAUCGGCUACAUCCAACCAAAAUGGCGCCAAAUACAGCUUAUUAUUUUCAAGCGAAAAUGACUUGGCAGAGUUGAUACGUACUCAAGACGAUGAAAUCAGCAAGCAAGUUCUUGAUGAAUUACAACAACAACAACAAAUACUCAAACAACAAGAGGAGGAGGAACUAUUGCACAACUCACUUCUGUCUUCAUAUGAAGACGAGUCCGAUAUUGAAAGCUCCAAUCUAAACUCCCUUAGCUCAUCCUUAACUCUCAACACAUCUCAAUCGAUCCAUAAAUUCACAUCAUCACGAUUAUUUAAAUCAAUAUUCACAUCCUCUGAAGAAGACAGUACCAACGACGACGACAGAGAGAAGUCCACUAAAAGAAGGUCCUGGACGUGGGUUAAAUGGAGUAAUGUCUACAAGGUUUCCAUUACGGUGGGAAUCAUUGGUGUUUUCAUUCAUUUAAUAAUCACGAGGAAUUACGAUUAUAAGCAGAUUCUACUGGGUCAAGUGAUUAUCAAUGAAGUUAAGGAAAAUUUAGCCAAUGUUGGUUCAUUUAUUGGUAGGAUGUUUACUGGAACUACAACUACUAUCCCUCCGAGGAAUGUAUUUCAAGUUGGUACUGGAACGUUACAAAAUACAAUAUAUGGGUUUGAAUAG